GAAAACCACCCGGCCCAAUUCAUCCGAUCCGGCAUCUCUCUAAACCGCUCAUCUUAGCCAAACGGUCGUACGCUAGAUCGCUCUCCGUUUGCAGCUCCUCUUCUCCUUAGGUCGGACGUCUAGUAUCCCGAGGUUUUGUGAUGAUGGGAAAAUAAAAACAUGAAUCGGGAUAUACAAAGAGAAGUGAAAGAACAAAUUAAUAAAGGAAUUGAUCAAAAUUGAAGCUUCAUAAAAAAUUAUCACCAAUCAACCCUGUCUCAAGAGAGAUUAUCUGGUUUGGCUAUGUUAUCGAUUGAAAGAAAAUGUUACUUGACUAAUCAUGGUUGUACUGACGUUCUUACAAAUUUCGCUUUUCAAAAGACUAGAAAAUUGUGCCAGUAGAAUGUCAUUAUUUUUGGUCUAUUUUGGAUUGAUUGUUUUCAAAGUUUUCUUUACAUCAAUAGUUAUGCUGAAUAAAACUUGUUCAAAUGAAAUGUUUAUUUGACUUUCUAGGGCCUCAUAAUUGCCGUAGACAGCCCUGUAUGCAACGAAUUGUUAAUUGAUCUCAAAAGGAUUUGAAUAUGAGCCGUAGCUGGGGAAAGCUUCCUCGUUGCUCUAUCGGCAGUAUAUCACGCCAACAAUCUUUCAUUACUUCUGCAUUUUCAACUUCAUCCGGCGACGGUGGCGGAUAUGGCCGGGGUGGCGGUGGAUUCGGCUCCGGUAACUCUUCCGUUUUUGGAUUUACGCCAAACCAAAAUGAGUCCGGUGAUUCAAAGGAUGACAAGUCAGCUUCUGCAGGGAAACAUAGUGGAAUUGGGCACGGCCGUGGUAGCAGCAAGCCCUUAUUUUCCUUUGUGCAUGAUAGUAAUGGCCCUGCUGGACGCGGCCGAGGCAUCCGAGGCCCCGCUUCUGCUCCACGACCCCAAUCUCAGGAGCAGAUGCCUCCUAAACUGCCACUUUCCAACAGCCCUUCGUUUUUUGUAAAAGAAGAAGACUCUCCGGAUUUCCGAGCCAAAGCAUCUGUUGAGUCCAGUGAUGCAGCCAGUCUCCUUCCUUCGAAUAUCAUCUCUGUUUUAUCUGGUGCGGGCCGUGGAAAGACCAUUCAAACUUCUCCUGAAAAACCCAAGGAAGAAAACAGGCAUCUAAGGGAGAGGCAAAAUCCUCAAACUAGUUGGCAGAGACCAGUUCCCGGUGGCCCUGAAAACAGCAGACCUCCUGGCCAAAGAUUCAACAGAGAUGACACGAAUAGUGGGACUGCUCAUGGUGGACAAGCAAGAAGUGGCGAUGGUGAAUGGAGGGGAAGAGGAGGAACCAUUCCAUGGAGGGGACGUAGCGGGUUUAGUGAACGGGGGAGAGGGGGAAGAGGAGGGAGAGGGGGCAGAGGCAGAGGAGGGAGAGGAAGUGGAGAGGGUAAAGUACAGGAAGAUGUUGGUGAGAAAUAUGGUGAUAUCUUCAACGUUGGUGAUGCUGCUGCUGCUGAAAAGCUGGCUCAAGAGAUUGGUCCUGAUAUUAUGAGCCAAUUAGCUGAAGGCAUUGAAGAAAUUGCUCCUAGAAUUUUCCCAUCUCGUAUAGAGGAUGCUUAUCUGGAUGCUCUUGAUACCAAUUUAAAGAUUGAAUGUGAAGAAGAGUACAUGAUGGGAGAAUUUGACAGGAAUCCCGAUAUUGACGAGAAACCUCCUAUUCCAUUGAGAGAUGCCCUUGAGAAGAUGAAGCCAUUCCUUAUGGUGUAUGAAGGAAUUGAAAGCCAAGAAGAGUGGGAGGAAGCCAUGAAAGAAACGAUGGAGGUCAGGCUCCCGCUUAUAAAAGAGAUAGUUGACCACUACAGUGGCCCUGACAGAGUAACAGCAAAGCAGCAGCACGAGGAACUGAAAAGAGUUGCAUCUACUCUUCCACAAAGCGCACCCAAUUCAGUGAAGAUGUUCACAGACCGUGCUGUUCAGUCACUUCAGAGCAAUCCGGGUUGGGGAUUCCACAAAAAGUGCCAGUUCAUGGAUAAGCUGGCGUACCGGGUUUCUCAGCAAUAUAAGUGAGAACCCAGUGGGUUCACUCAGCAAUAAUUCGUUUAAAAAGAUGAGAAGGCGAACAUCUGUUUGGGUAUUGCCUCAUCAAGGCGAACAUCUGUUUGAUCGAAAUCCAAAAUGUUCAAUAACAAGCCCGCUGCUUUCUUGUUAGGUGUUUUUUCUAUUCAUUGUACAUGAUGAUGAUGAUGCGGUACAGGGUCGGUCAUGUCUACUUUCGGGUUUAUAGGCGAGAUAAUAUUUUAGGCUUGCAUUCAAGAAAAACGUUUUUUUACGGAAUUUUCAAUAUUCGAUUUCUUAACAAAAACAAUAUUUUCCAUUGAUC